AUGGCCCAAGUCAGCGCCAAGAAGCGCAAGAGAGAUGGCGAGUCGGCCGUGAAGCCUAAAAAGAAGGUCGCGAUCGAUGCGCCCCCAGCAACAGCUGCCGUUUCCUCGGUUCUUCGCCCCAAGUUCUGCCCUCCAGUGAUAGCCACUGCUCCCGGAUUCCAAAUUCCUACCAAUAUCCCUUUCCAGUCAUAUGCGCCGAAGAAUGACGCCAAAUCGAAAUCGAAGCAGGCCAAGUCCGCCGGAGAGAAGGACUUCCUGCUCCACUCGACGGCACACCGAAGUCUGGACUACACAGUCAAGACGGAGGCUCCCAGAGGCACCAAGCCCGCGCUGAACCACUUCAUCGGCAUAUAUGACCCAAAGACAGGCAAGCUCCAGGUAGUGGAGGCCAAGAAGAUGGUGAUUCGAGGAACGGUGCGAGCCAAGCAGGCCUCCGAGGCAGCGACCGGCGAAGGCAACGCCAAACAGAGCAUGCUAGCACUUAAGACCGAUCUCGGACAGACGUUCGGUACGAAGAAGGCCAGGAAGGCCAUCCAGGAGAACGUCAUGAAUGCAAUCGCCCCCCAGAGGAAGGCUGGAGACUUGCCGACCAAGAUCGAUGCGGCAUCUCGCGCGAUGUUGGACACUGUGGGAGAGAUUACGUCGACUAUGGCGUCAAGAGAGGAGCUGCAGGCUGUGGUGGACGAGGCCAAGCCCGUUCCUAUUGCCAACGUGGACGCGACGGAGAUCCAAGACGUCUACGACCCCAAGAGAAUCAUUGGUACGGAUAUUCUCAACUUGGUGCCAAUUCGAGAAUGGCAGGAGAAGGUGCGACACAAGGAAGGCAUCUCAAUUCCGUCACGGUUCGUGGCUGCACGGGUUAACGCCAUUGCGAGUAACGACGAUGAGGAUGGAGUGACGCGACUCCGAGUGCUGCGGUACUUUGCCUUUGUCCUGCUCUUUUAUCUUCACAGCAAGCCCGGCAAGGUGCGAGGCACUCGAUCGCUGCCCUCGCGAGAGAACUUGAGGGAAGUUCUCACGCCGGCACCUGAGGCGGUCAUCGAGAACAUCCGACGCAAGUUCUCAGAUGCGGGCCAAAUGCGAAAGUUCCACAUCGACUUGCUGAUGACCCACUGCUGCACGUUUGCCUGCAUCAUCGAUAACUUCGAGGUGGACACACAGAACCUGCGAGACGACCUAAAGCUAGACCAGAAGACGAUAAACCAGUACUUCCACGAGAUUGGUGGCAGGGUGAAGCCGGUUGUCAACAGGGAACUCAAGACGACGGUGCAGCUGGCGCGACUGACGCUGCCUCUGAACUUCCCGAAGCAGAGGCACAUCGCCCCUAAGCGACGGUAG